UAACAAGGCAUAUAGCAUUGGAUUGACUCAUAUCUUGGUUUAUAUGAACCCAAAUAUCACGAUUGAGGAGACUGAGAACAAGAACAGUUGACUUUCUACAUCACUACUGAUCACAGCAGCCGCAGCCAUGGUGCAAGAUCUGGUAUACCCAAAAAAGAAACAAAACACCUUGAACAGGUACAAUAGCAGAGGAACAUACGACUUGAGCACCAUCCACCAUAUCAUCAACUCUAUUUCAGUGCUCCAUGUCUCCUUUGCACCAAGCCCGGAGGACCCCUUCCCAGUCAUCUUACCAAUGAUUGGGGUCAUGGGCUCAUUUGAAUAUCCUUCUGCUGAUCUCAACGAGCCUCUCGACUGUUAUCUGCACGGCUAUGUCAGUUCAAGACUCAUGCGCCUGGCCCGAGAAUCCGGAAAUGGUCUGCCAGUCUGCAUCGCCGCAACAAAAGUAGAUGGCUUGGUUUUGUCAUUGACCCCGAAUUCGCACAGCUACAAUUAUCGUUCUGCCGUUCUGCAAGGAUAUGCAAAAUUCGUCGAGACCGACCAGGAGAAGUUGUAUGCGAUGCAGAAAAUCACCGACAAGGUGGUGGAAGGCCGCUGGGAUCACACCCGAGUCCCACCAGACAACGUUGAAAUGACCUCAACGACCAUCUUGAGGGUAAGUAUCGAGACCGGCAGUGGCAAGAUACGGCAGGGCGGUCCUCAUGAUGAGCCCAAGGACGAGAACAGAACCGACAUCACAGAGAAGGUCUGGACCGGUGUGGUGCCAGUGUAUGAGACACUUGAUGCACCUGUACCAAGCGCGACCAACAAGGUCAAUUCACUACCAGAGUACAUCCAGAAGUACGUGCAGAAGGUGACUUCGGAGAAUCGUGAGCACGCUCAUGAGGCGGUAAAGGAGCCGUGAUAGAUAGAUGGGCGGAAAACAAUAGUGUUCUCAAUCGUUACCUAGCAUUGGGCAGUCAGUCGUCAUUACUUUGCAUCAAAUCAGACGCUCCUAGUCCAUGUUAUUGAAUUUGUAAGAAAU